AUGCCUAGAAUCAAGAAGAGAGGUCAGGCUGGCGCGGCCAAGAACUACGUCACCCGCAACCAGGCAAUUCGAAAACUCCAAAUCAGCCUGCCCGACUUUCGCAAGCUCUGCAUCUGGAAAGGCAUCUACCCACGCGAGCCCCGGAGCAAGAAGAAGGUGUCCAAGUCGGCGACCAACUCGACGACCUUCUACUACUCGCGUGACAUCCAGUACCUCCUCCACGAGCCGCUCCUGCAGCGGUUCCGCGAUCAGAAGGCGCUCGAGAAGAAGAUCUCCAAGGCGCUGGGAAGGGGGGAUGUGACCGACGCCGCCCGCCUCGAGAAGAAUGCCGCCAGGCCGGAGCAGACGGGCAAGCCGCGGUACACGCUCAACCACCUGAUCCGUGAGCGGUAUCCGACCUUCAUCGACGCUGUGAGGGACCUCGACGAUUGCCUGUCGAUGCUCUUCAUGUUUGCCAACCUGCCGUCGACGUCGUCGGUGCCGGCCAAGAUGAUUGCCCGCUGCGAGCGCCUGUGCCUCGAGUUCCAGCAUUACCUCAUCGUGUCGCGCAGCCUGACCAAGUCGUUCCUCUCCAUCAAGGGCGUCUACUACCAGGCCAGAAUCAAGGGGGAGGAGGUCCUGUGGCUCGUACCCUACAAGUUCAACCAGCGCAUCGUCGGCGACGUCGACUUUCGCAUCAUGGGCACCUUUGUCGAGUUCUACAUGACCCUCCUCGGCUUCGUCAACUACAGGCUCUUCUCCUCCAUCGGCAUCAAGUACCCCCCCAAGUUCGAUCAGGUUCAGGACGAGAACGCCGCCGAACUCGGUGCCUUUACCCUCGAGGGCCUCACCCUCAUGGGCGGCAGCGACGGCAACGCCCAGAUCCAGAAGCAGCUCGAGGCCAGCGCCACCGUCACCGCUCACAAGCCCGAUCCCAAGGUCCAGGCCGCCGUCGACGAGGUCAUCAAGCAGAUCGAGAAUGGCGAGCAGCAGCAGCAGCGGGAGGAGGAGGUGACGACGGCCGAGGACGACGAGGCCGCCGCCGCCGAAUCCGAGGGCAUCGAUAAGUUUGAGCCCAUCGCCAGCGGUGGCGACGUCCUACCCCAGCCUACCGAGUCCACCAACGAGCACUCCCUCUUCGCCAACUGCACAUUCUUCCUGUCGCGCGAGACGCCCAGACAACCUCUCGAGUUCCUUCUUAAGUCGUUCGGCUGCAAGAAGGUCGGGUGGGACGCCGUCCUCGGCGGAGGCGCCUGGACGACCGAUGAGCUCGAUCCGGCCAUUACCCACCAGAUUGUCGACCGACCCCCCGUCCAGGUCGCCGCCGAGGACACCGCCGAGCCGGCUGCCGAGGACAGCCAGACGGCCCGCAAGCUGGCCGCCAACAGGCGCGUGCCCGGCCGCAUCUACGUCCAGCCUCAGUGGGUGUGGGACAGCGUCAACGACGCUGAGCUCAAGGAGCCGCACCUGUACGCCCCCGGUGCCGACCUUCCGCCUCAUCUCAGUCCCUUUGUCAAGAGCGUCCAGGGCGCCUACGACCCCACCAUCCCUCUCGAGGAGCAGGAGCCCGCCCAGGAGGCCCUGGAGGCUGCCAGCGACGAGGACGAGGAUGAGGAGGCCAACGCCGAGGGCAUGGAUGUUGCCAACUCGGACGAGAAUGACGACGACGACGACGACGACGACGACGAAGACGAGGAUGAGGAUGUCGAGGAUGAGGAUGUCGAGGAUGAUGCUGACGAGGAUGAGGAUGAGGAUGAGGAUGCCGAGGCCGAGCGCCAAGCCGAACUCGAAGCUGAGCUGGCCGGCGGCGCUGUCAAGGCUAAGCCCGCCGCUAACAAGAAAGCCAAGGCCAGGGAGGACGCCCGCAAGGCCCUCAUCAAGAAGCAGCGCGAGGAGGAAGAGGACAUGGAGCGUGCCAAGGGUAUGCUCAGCAAGAAGAAGCGCAAGCUGUUUGAGCAGAUGCAGUACACCAACACCAAGAAGAGCGCCGAGGACGAGAAGCUCAGGGCCAAGAGGAGAAAGUUUGAAAAGGAGAGGCAGCGCAAGGAAAAGGGCAAGGCCUGA